AUGGUGAAUGAAAGAAUUACGGAAGAAAUUGUAAGGGAACAAUUAAGAAAAGCGGGCUAUUAUGAUACAUCCGAUAUUGAAAUUUACGAACAAAAAACUAGUGAGGGGAUAUUAGAAAAUCUACUCGACAAAGCCAGUAAAAAUAAAAUGGGUAAAGACAAGGGUUAUCCUGAUUUUAUUCUUUUUUUGCGACAAUAUGAUAUUGUUAUUAUUAUUGAGUGUAAAGCCGAUAGAAAAAAACAUUACAUUGCUAUCGGCGUUUCAGGACAAAAUUUAGAAGAAUUAAGGAUUACAAAAUAUUUCUACCAAAAAAAGGCAACUAUACCUUUUAAAAUUAGAGGUCAAGAUAAAGAAUUGGAAUCACCCAAAGAGAUUUACCAAUAUUGGUUAUAUGAAGAAAAACUAGAAAAAAUUGAUGAUUUUGAGAAAAUUUCAAGUAAUUUACAUAAGCAAUUACACGAAGCAAAUGUCUCUCAAUACCAAAAAUCAAUAAUUAUAGCAGUCAUUCUGCUAGGGUUAGCAGAUAGGGAUUUUCGGCAAACUUACCAAGAUAUUUCCUCCGAAGAAACAAUUGCUACUUCGUUGCUUAAUUCUAUGGUUAAAGUCUUAGAAGAAGCCGAGGUAUCAAACAAAAGCAUUAAAACAAUAAAAAAUAAUUCUUUGUUUUUGCUCGACCACGCUAUCGUUAAGAAAAAUUCUCCUUAUAAAUUAUCUUAUUUCAUUAAACAAUUAGAUAACAAAGUUUUUAAAUAUAUGAAAGGUGAUUACAAGGAAAUGUAUACUGAUGAACUGGGUUAUUUCUACAACGAAUUUUUAAAAUAUACGGGCGGGGGAGAUGGUCGAGGACUGGGUAUCGUAUUAACUCCCUUUCACAUUUGCGAAUUAUUUGCGGAAUUGGCUGGGAUAAACAAAAAAAGUCGAGUUAUUGACAUUUGUGCUGGCACUGGUGGUUUUUUGGUUGCCGCCUUAAAAAAAAUGCUUACUCCGCUUCCUUUACAAAAAGAAAUUCAGUCAAUCAAAAAGAAUAAUAUUAUCGGUUUCGAGUUGAGUCCUAAUAUAUAUCCUUUACUUAUCGCUAAUAUGAUUAUUAGAAAUGAUGGCAAAAGCAAUUGUCUAAAUAUAGACUGCUUUUCUUUUACGAGCCAAGAAAUAUAUGAGAAAUAUAAGCCUAAUACUGGAUUGCUUAAUCCUCCUUACGCAGUAAGAAAAAAGGAAUUAGAAUUUGUUCUCCACAUGUUAGAUUCUUUGGAACCGCGAGGAAUAGGAAUCGCGAUUGUCAAUGUUUCUUGCUGUAAAGAUGAAAAUGAUUCAGAUUUAAGAAAGGAAAUAUUAUCUCGUCACCAACUGUUAGGGGUUAUGUCGAUGAAAAAUAAUUUAUUUAGAAGAAGUUCGGGGGUUAAUACUAAUAUACUAGUUUUUAGAACCCAUUCCAAACAUAAAGAAAAAACAUUUAUGGCUCUAUGA